ACGGACAGGAUAAUCAAUCGCGCAUGGCUUCCGUCUGGAGGUACCUUACAGACCUAUCAAGUCUUUAAAUCCGUAUACGGAAAAUGAAGACUUCACGCGGUCCGAAAAAGGUGGCUACAACGUUAGUUCUCGCUAAUUUGCCCCGUAUCUUACUGGACACCACUUUACAUUUCUGCGCCUCCUAGGCCGAUGACUAUUUUCAGGCCGGAUGAGUCAUUUCGAACUUGCUGCGGCACGGCAACUUGUAUAUAAAGCUUGAUUGAAAAAUGCAAGCCUGAUAUACACAAUGAUGAAACGAGAAGGCUCAAACGCUUAAGGGAUAUAUCACAUUCUAAGAAGCAUCAAGAUGGAAGGUCCUUGGGCUUUCGUAGAAACUACGCUUCCGCACAUGCCGCUCCCACCAAUUUCUCACCGCAAACCAAUUCGAACGGAACGACUACUCAUUCGGCCGCUGCAGGAGGAUGACCUCCAAGCAUACCACGAGUUGCGCCUGCAGCCGGAAGUGAUGGCCAACAGUAGGAAGGGCAGGCCUGAUCGCGAUGUGGAAGAGACUCGCUUAGGGUUGAAUGACUUUUUGCCGCCGCGCAGCGACGAGACGUUCUUAUUGGGAGUCUUCCUUCCUUCGACGGGCGAACUGAUCGGAGAGGGUGGAAUUCAUACGCUGGAGUCUUCGUCCUGCGGUUGGCCUGAGAUUGGGUACCGAUUUAAACGGGAGGUUUGGGGUCGGGGCUACGCAACAGAAUUCCUCAAGGCGUUGCUCGAAGCCUGGUGGGAUUUGCCCAGACAUCGCACUCGACUUCGCGUCCAUUCAUCAUCUAUUCGGAAGGGUAAAGAGGUGGAGGCUGUGGAACAGGUUCACGCCCUUACGGAUUUACAGAACAUCGGGAGUCAAAAGGUCCUGGCGAAACUUGGGUUCGUAGAGUUCUCGGAAUAUACGGAACCAGAUACCCAAGAGCAUAGGCUCGGCCAGCCGGUGACGUUGAAGGGGUAUAUGCUUUCUUUUCCAGGGGAUAAAACGGGAGUUUGAGCUAAGAAUUAGUCGUAUUGACAAAUACUUGAGACGAGUAGCGGAUACGGUUGAAUAUCACACGUGUGACACUCGAAUCGAUUUAAUUAGAUCUCGGAAAUAAUCGAAAUGAU